AUGAAGCCCACCGUCCUUCUCACCACACUCUUCGCCACCCUCGCGGCCGCAGCACCAGUCCCCCCGAUCGACAUGGUUUCCAACGUGUGCCCUCAGGGCGAGACCAACACUAUAGUCCCGCCAGAUGGGUUGUCAAACGCAUAUCCUGAGAGGGACAUGCCGUCGAGCAAGCAGGACAGGGAUCUGGGGGGUAUGUGCAAGAAGUUCUGCGGGGUUAAUCCGUGGAUGUGCAAGUUUUGCGAGCCGGUGAAGCCUGCAGAGGCAUGA